AUGCAAAAAUUAAAAGCUUGGUCAAAAACUACUGAACCAACAUCUUAUGAUCAAAUUUAUAGAUAUGUUGACAAAGUUCUUGAUGAAUGUUCAACAUUUAUUGAUGAAAUAGAAAAUGAUUAUUAUCAAGGAAUAUCAUCAUCAUUAAAUAUUACACCUAAAAUACAAACAUCAAAACGAUCAUUACCUGUUAAUACACUUCUUUCAUGGUCACAUCUCUUAAAUUCAUUACGUAAUACACGUUCAUUACAUGAUAUUCGUAAUGGUAAAACAAUACGAGAUUUACUUGCUGAAAUACGAACAGGUACUUUCAUUGGAUCUGUAUCAGAUGAAAGUUGUUUUUUAAUGCAACGUAUUAUGGAUAAAACAAAUGAACAACUUUAUUCAAAAAUACCAAUCUUAGCAAAUAAAAUAGCUGAUUGUAUGAGUUUAAUGGAACAAUAUUUUCUUUCAUUUUAUGAUAUUGAAAAUAUUCAAGAUAUUAUUCAAAAAAAGAAAAAAGAAAAAAUGCCCGAUGAAUAUGUUGAAACAGCAUAUACAUAUGAAAAAUCUCGUUGGUUACAUCUAUUUCAAGUAAAUAAAUCUUUAAAAUUAUUACGUGAAAUGCAACAACGUGUAGAAGAUACAAAAGGUAUUGUUCUAUCAUCAUUAUCAAAAGAAUGUCAAGAAUUAGCUGUUCGUUGUGAUUGUACAUCACUUUCAUAUAUAUUUGCAUUACCUGAAUGUUAUACUGAAGCUCGUCGAGCUGUAAUUGCUCUUCAAACAUGGUUAAUUGAAGAUACAAAAUAUACAUCAUUUAUUCAAACAUCCUUGAAAGUACUUGAUGAAAAAUUUAUUGAAGUAAAAAAAAUAUAUGAACUUGGUAAAGCACAUCUUAGUCAAGCUGAACAUCGAGCUGAAUCAUUUCGAACACAAUUAAAUAAAACUGAACAAGAAAAUGAAAUCAAUACAAAAAAACUUGAAGAACUUGAAGAACGUCUAGAUUCAAAAGAACGUGAUUAUUUAUCUAAACGUUUAACAUAUGAAGUAUAUGAAGAUCAACUUAAAAAAAUGCUUAAAGAAGUUGAAGAUCAAAAUGAUAGUAUUGAUAAUCAUUUAUCAAUUGAAAGAUUUCAACAAGAAGUAAAACAAUUUUCAAAAGAAUUACCAAAAUUAAAAACACAAAUGGAUGCUCUACAUGGACGUAUUGAAUUUUUAAAACAACGUAAACAAGAAUUAAUUACAAUGCGUGCUGAAUAUAAAAAACUUAAGCAUGCAGUACAAUUAGCAUUAGAAGAUAAAAUUCUCAAAGAAAAUGAAUUUAAUCGUGUAACAAAUUGUCGUCAAGUUAUACGAAAAAUAUAUAGAUGCCGUUCAACUGAUGAUUUACCACAAAAAAUUUUUUAUGCUUUACCUGUCAAAUCAAAACUUUCCGGUGAAGAUGAUAAUGAUGAUCUUUCCAAAGCAAUACGCCUUAUAUCAAAAUAUAUAGGACGUGAUUGGAGUCGACUUUAUUGGCAAUUACCAUUUUAUCCGUUACGUGGUAAAGAAGAAGUAUCAAAAGAUAUUAAUUAUAUUGAUGACAAAUACCAUCGUGGCGAUGUCUUUCGUGAUCAAGCAACAGAUGCAUUAAAUAAAUGGCGACGUUUUCAUACACGUGCAAAACUCGAUGAUUUAAUUCAUGCACUUCAAAAUAUAAAUCGUUUUGAUGUCAUACAAAUAAUUGAUCGACAUAUACUUAAACCAAAACGUUUAUUAAAUGAAGAACAUGAAGAAAUCGAUCCACGAAAAAAAGAGAUUGAAGAUUUAAAUCGAAAAUUAAAUCGUUUAUUUGAAAAAAUUCAUACAGGAGUUAUAACAACACAUGACACGUAUGUUUAUUCAACUAUUGGUCUCGAUCCGUUACAACCAGUCAGAAAACACCGACCUUUGGUCAUGCACUGA